GCCAAUCAACGAGAGAGGGCGUGAUCCUGGACAGCGUGCUUCCGCUUUGCCUGUGACUACUGAGUGGAGGUGUCAGCAUGGUGCGCGGCGCGGUGUAACCAUAGCAGCGGCUUUGGGAGCGGCCGAUCUCCGUCCGGUGAUGCUUUCUGCUGGUCGGGGGCUGAGCAGAUUAGUGUCCCGAUCUGUUGUUGGCGGCUGCUUGUCUGCGCCACACCCGGCUGUCAGAUCACGAAGCAGCAUGUCAGAGGGCAUGGAGCAGCGCAUGGUGUGGGUGGAUCUGGAGAUGACUGGACUGGAUAUCAAGAAGGAUCAGAUUAUUGAGAUGGCUUGUUUAAUAACAGAUUCUGAUCUCAACAUCCUUGCUGAGGGUCCUAAUUUGAUCAUUAAACAGCCAGAUGAGUUAUUGGAUACAAUGUCAAACUGGUGCAAGGAGCAUCAUGGAAAGUCUGGCCUUACUCAAGCUGUGAGGAACAGUAAAAUAUCUUUGGCACAAGCAGAGUAUGAGUUCCUGUCAUUUAUUAGGAAACAUACUCCACCUGGCUUCUGCCCUCUGGCUGGAAAUUCUGUGCAUGUGGAUAAAGAAUUUCUCAACAAGUAUAUGCCUCAGUUUAUGAGACAUCUGCAUUACAGGAUCGUUGAUGUCAGUACUAUUAAAGAAUUAUGCAGACGUUGGUAUCCAGUGGAAUAUGAAUGUGCGCCAAAGAAAGCAGCUUCUCAUAGGGCUUUGGAUGAUAUCCGAGAAAGCAUCAAGGAGCUUCAGUUUUACAGACAGAACGUUUUUAAGAAGGCGAAUGACGAGAAAAAAGAUGACUGACUCAGGAUUUUCCCAAUAUUGAGGCUCAGCAUUGUCAUUCACUUGUACGACCAGGCUAAGUGCUUCUUGCUUUUUCAUUCUUUUCAUCUGGGUGCGGGCUUGGAACCUUUAUGUAUUUAACAAAGCUUAUUUUGAAUUUUGUUACUACCAAUAAAUUACUCGGUUAAAAUGUU